AUGGUUAAGAAACAUCAAAACCCGUUGAAGAUUGACUUUAAGCGUUGUAUCGUGGAGGAUGUCCUUCUUCAGAUAAGAGACUCCAAGCAUAUCGACACACCGGACUUGGCGAAGGUAUGGACUGUGGAAAUAGUUCCAAGAGACUCACCUCAUCUAAUGAAAUUUCUCAAAGAAGGCUUGCCCGACGAGGACCCCGUCAGCUAUCUGCAUUGCAAGCGGCUCCGCAAGACGGAGGAUGGGGGGCGGCUGUGCGUGAUUAUUUGCUCAGUCGAGUUAAUAGAAGAGCAGGGUGAGGUUGCACGGUUGCUCGCCGAAGCUGGCAUCAGCUAUUCCAAUCUGGCAUUGCAUAAUCUCCCCAGGGCAGGGCCAUCGACGCGAGAGCUCUCGCUAGAAUGGGGUAGGAAGUUUUGGCCGCUGGUGUGGCGAGGGAACCCGAACGACCAGAUUCUAAAUGACUAUACUUUUGAUAUGGCACGAAUUAGGUCUAUACUACGGCAAAUUAGCGAUACUGCCAGCGAAAAACGAGACCAGUCCGGUAACCUGCCUGUAGUGAGUGCAUUUGUAAAUCCGCUGGCGCCUGAGCAGCCGAUCAUUGCCGUAGACCAACGAGGCGGAAAUCCUCUCCACCACAGUAUUAUGAAUGGGAUAAAAGAAGUGGCCCGUGAUGAGUUGCAGCGGCGCGAGGCUGUUGAGCGAGGCACAUCUGUCGGAAGGACGGAUACAUACCUCUGUCUAGACUUUGACGUCUACACGACACAUGAACCGUGCUCCAUGUGCGCGAUGGCGCUAAUACACUCGCGGAUCAAGAGAUGCAUCUUUAUCCAGCCAAUGCCGGAAACCGGGGCUCUGCGGCCCGAGAGUGGUGAUGGCUACUGCAUGCACAGUAGUAAGGCUCUCAAUUCCAAGUACGAAGUCUUCCAAUGGGUCGGGGAUGGCUACGUAGUACCCGAUAUCUCGGGUGGCACAUGCUGUUGA